AUGGGGCGAUUCAAUCACUCCACAAACCGGGAGCUCCAUGUUGUGGUCCUUGGAGCUGGUGGUGUUGGAAAGAGCUGCUUGACUGCCCAAUUUGUACACAAUGAAUGGAUCGAGAGCUAUGAUCCGACCAUUGAGGAUUCUUAUCGCACGCAAAUACAAGUCGAUGGCCGCCAAGUCGUCUUGGAGAUUCUGGAUACUGCUGGGACCGAGCAGUUUGUUGCUAUGCGAGACUUGUACAUGAAGACCGGCCAGGGAUUCUUGCUCGUCUUUAGCAUCACAUCGCCAUCGUCACUGAGCGAACUUGCCGGUCUGCGCGAAGAAAUAAUCCGUAUCAAAGAUGACGAAAAUAUUCCCAUGGUCAUUGUCGGAAAUAAAGCAGAUCUGGAAGACAGCCGCGCAGUUCCUCGUGCCAAGGGAUUCUCGAUAUCGCAACGUUGGGGCGCGCCUUACUAUGAAGCGAGCGCCAGGACUCGCACCAAUGUUGAUGAAGUUUUUAUUGACCUAUCUCGACAAAUGCUGCGCAAAGACGACGAUUAUUCGGCUCCGGGUGACGCAGAGGAAGGAUUCAAAUUUGACUCGGCCAAGGGUGGACACAAACGACGCCACAGACUGCGCUUCCGCGAGAAUGGGCAGCCGCGCUGUGUGAUUCUUUGA